CAACAAGCUGCAGAUGUCGGCCUUGGAGAAACAUGACUUUUAAUUUUCCUAGUCCUUUGUUGCAGGGGUAUCUACCAAUUCCUGCUCUGCUGCUGCCCCGAAACCCCGACUGAAUUAGCCCCACAAAUGGCCCUCCGCUUACCCAUUCGGUUGGUCAGGUCAACAGCCCCUCCUGUUGCCCUGUCUUUCCCUCGCCCUACGCUCAUACCGGCCGUAACGGGCUCGACCAUAUGGCACUGCCAAGCCCGUCAGAGCUCCCAUUCUCCAAUGGGCGUGGCCAUUGAUCGCAAGAAAGUUACUAUCAAAUCAUUGCGGGCGCUGUACAAAAAAAAGGAACCUAUCACUAUGUUAACGGCGCAUGACUUCCCAAGCGGACAUGUCGCAGAAGCAGCCGGCAUGGAUAUGGUCCUUGUAGGCGAUAGCCUAGCCAUGGUUGCUCUGGGAAUGGACGACACGAGUGAGGUGUGCUUGGACGAGAUGAUACUUCAUUGCCGGAGUGUAUCUCGUGCUGUUGGAGCGGCCUUCACGGUUGGUGACCUACCCAUGGGUUCGUAUGAGAUUUCUCCAGCGCAGGGCGUUGCUUCCGCUAUUCGUCUCAUUAAAGAAGGGCGAGUUCAAAGCGUCAAACUAGAAGGGGGCGCGGAGAUGGCGACAACUAUCAAGGCGAUCACACAAGCCGGGAUACCAGUUGUGGCCCACGUUGGUCUAACACCUCAACGACAGAACGCGCUUGGAGGUUUUCGUGUCCAGGGUAAAUCGACUGCCGGUGCCGUGAGAAUCUUAAACGAUGCUCUUGCAGUUCAAGAGGCUGGUGCGUUUAUGGUUGUGCUUGAAGCCGUCCCUUCAGAGAUUGCACGCAUCAUCACCGAUAAGUUGAAAAUACCAACCAUUGGAAUCGGGGCCGGUACUGGCUGUUCGGGACAAGUGCUGGUCCAAGUUGAUAUGACCGGGAACUUUCCACGUGGCCGGUAUCUCCCGAAAUUUGUGAAGAAGUAUGGUGAUGUAUGGGGUGAAAGCUUGAGGGCGAUUGAGAAAUAUAGAGACGAAGUCAAGAGCGGUGAAUAUCCUUCCCUGGAAUACACAUACCCCAUCUCGAAAGAGGACGUAGAGGAAUUUGAGAAAUUGGCGAAUAAAGCUUAGAUCCCUUUGCAGUUACAAUGUAUAUACAUAUAUGUUGAUUUUUCGUUGCAUUAAUCACGCAACUGGUGUUGCCAGUCCCCGAUCUGAGAUGCUUGUUUGAUUGGUAGGUGGACCACCACGUCCUGUCAAUUAGUCCAGACUUCGCGUCAAGAAAUACCGGGGAAUGAAAUAGCCAUAUUUCGGU